AUGGGACAAUCUCUAACCACUCCCUUAAGUCUGACUCUAGGUCACUGGCGCGAUGUUCGAGCACGCGGGGACGAGAAAGGAGUUGACAUCAAGAAAAAGACAUGGCAGCUCCUUUGCACUUCUGAGUGGCCCACUUACCAUCCUUCAUGGUCAAAGGAUGGUUCUUUUAACAUUGAUGCUAUUUUACAGAUAAAACAACGGGUGUUCUCCACCGGACCCCAGGGACACCCCGACCAGAUUCCAUACGUCACCGUUUGGGAAUCCCUGGCCAGAGACCCGCCGGUUUGGGUUUCUCCUUUUGUCCCUCCCCGACCUUCGGCUCCUGCUCAUCCCUUACUCCCCACCCCCGGCCCCUAUGCCUCCUUCAAACCUCAGCCCACUCAGCUAUAUCCCUUUCUGGAAAAAGAAAAUAAAACCCAACCUCCAAAACCUGUACUUCCCCCUUCAGAUGACACCCUUAUUGAUCUCCUAACGGAAGAUCCUCCCCCAUACCCACGCCCCCUGGCCCCGCGGAACCAAGAGGAAGAGCACCCCGGAUACGAGGUGGAGGAACCUGAGGAAGAAGGACCAGACAGCACCACUUCCACCGGAAAAGACCCCUCGCCUCGCCGCCUUCGCGGCAGACGAGAACACCGGGAGACAAUCUCCCAAGCCUUCCCUCUUCGACAGGGGGGAAAUGGCCAAUACCAAUAUUGGCCAUUUUCAGCCUCUGAUUUAUAUAACUGGAAAAACCAUAACCCGCCUUUCUCCAAGGACCCGGUUGCCCUUACGGCCUUGAUUGAGUCUAUUCUGAUUACCCAUCAGCCCACCUGGGACGAUUGCCAGUAGCUCUUACAGGCACUCCUGACCUCGGAGGAGAAGCAACGAGUCUUUCUAGAGGCUCGCAAGAAUGCCCCGGGACCAGAUGGGGCACCUACCCUACUCCCCAAUGAAGUAGACGCCGCUUUCCCCUUGGAUAGACCCAACUGGAACUAUGACACAGCAGCAGGUAGGGAGCGUAUCCGUCUCUACCGUCAGCUUCUCAUAGCGGGCCUUCAAGGCGCUGGACGCCGACCGACUAAUUUGGCUCAGGUGAGAGCAGUUACUCAAGGGGCAGAGGAAACUCCAGCAGCCUUCUUAGAGCGCCUUAUGGAGGCAUAUCGCAUGUAUACCCCCUACGAUCCCAUGAAGAUGGCUCAGAGGGGAAAUGUCUCGAUGGCCUUCAUUUGGCAAUCGGCCCCUGAUAUCAGAAACAAGUUACAGAGGCUAGAUGACUUACGAGACCGCACUCUGCAGGACUUGUUAAAAGAAGCAGAGAGGAUCUUUAAUAAGAGAGAAACUCCAGAAGAACGGGAGGACAGGAUUAGAAAGGAAAGAGAGGAGAGGGAAGAUAAGCGGGAUAGGCGGCGUACUAGGGAGAUAACUAAGAUCUUGGUCACCGUAGUUAGCCAAAAUAGGCAAGAAGCAGGGAGGCCAGAUAGGAUGGGAGACAGAAGGAGGCUGAAGAUAGACAAAGACCAAUGCGCCUAUUGCAAAGAAAAAGGACAUUGGGUCAAAGAUUGCCCUAAGAGGCCCCAAAAUCCAAAGAAACAACCAACUCAGCUGCUGGCCCUAGAUGAAGAUUAGGCCAGUCAGGGCCAGGACCCCCCCCCCCCCCCCGAGCCCCGGAUAACUCUACAAGGGGGGCAGCCGGUCACUUUCCUAGUAGAUACAGGAGCCCAACACUCAGUCCUGACCAAACCGACAGGGCCACUGAGUAAUCGAAAAACUUGGGUCCAAGGAGCAACUGGAGGGAAGCAAUAUCGUUGGACCACUGAUAGGAAGGUGCUCCUGGCUACGGGUAAGGUGACCCAUUCAUUCCUUCAUGUACCGGACUGUCCCUACCCCCUAUUGGGGAGAGACUUGCUUACUAAGAUGAGAGCACAGAUUCAUUUCGACAAAGGAGGGGCCAAAAUAGCUGGCUCAAAAGGGGAACCUCUCCACAUAUUAACCCUACAAUUAGAAGAUGAAUAUAAAUUAUUUGAAAAACCUGCUCCUGAAAAUAUAGAAGCCCAUUGGAUUGAAAGGUAUCCCCAGGCAUGGGCUGAAACAGGAGGCAUGGGAUUGGCAGCUCAACAACCACCACUAGUAAUAACCUUAAAGGCCACUGCUACCCCAGUCUCUAUUAAACAAUAUCCCAUGUCUCAAGAAGCAUAUCAGGGGAUUAAACCACACAUCAAAAGACUCUUAGACCAGGGGAUAUUAACCCCCUGCCGAUCUCCAUGGAAUACUCCCCUGCUCCCCGUGAAAAAGCCUGGUACCGGGGAUUAUCGGCCAGUGCAAGACCUCAGGGAAGUUAAUAAACGGGUGGAAGACAUACAUCCAACAGUCCCUAAUCCUUACAAUCUGCUAAGUACCCUGCCUCCAACCCAUUCUUGGUAUACCAUUUUGGAUUUAAAAGAUGCAUUCUUUUGUCUGAGACUGAGCCCACAGAGCCAAUCCUUGUUUGCCUUUGAAUGGAGGGAUCCAGAGGAAGGGAUUUCAGGACAAUUAACAUGGACCAGGCUACCACAGGGCUUAAAGAACAGCCCAACCCUGUUCGAUGAGGCCCUCCAUCAGGACCUGGCAGCCUUUCGGAAGCACCACCCGGAUCUGAUCCUACUCCAAUACGUGGACGACCUGCUCCUGGCAGCUACAACCAAAGAGGGCUGCACACAAGGUACUGGGGACCUCUUACAGACUUUGGGAGAAUUAGGCUAUCGAGCCUCGGCCAAAAAGGCCCAGAUUUGCAGAACUAAGGUAACUUAUUUGGGUUAUCAGUUGGAAAAUGGUCAAAGAUGGCUCACAGAAGCCAGGAAAGAGACUAUUGCCCACAUUCCCCCCCCCCCCCCCCCCCCGAAGAAUGCUACGCAACUUCGAGAGUUUUUGGGCACUGCGGGUUUCAGCCGACUUUGGAUUCCAGGGUUCGCAGAAAUUGCGGCCCCACUGUACCCCUUGACCAAGAAUGAUGCCCCUUUUGUAUGGACUGGGGGCCACCAACAAGCAUUUGAGACCAUUAAGAGAUCCCUGCUGUCUGCCCCAGCCCUAGGGCUACCGGACAUUACAAAACCCUUUGAAUUAUUCAUAGAUGAGAAGCAGGGAUUUGCUAAAGGGGUCCUCACACAAAAAUUAGGACCCUGGAGGAGGCCCAUAGCCUACCCCUCUAAGAAAUUGGACCCGGUGGCAUCUGGAUGGCCCCCAUGCUUAAGAAUGAUUGCUGCUGUAGCCGUGCUCAUAAAGGAUGCUGGAAAGCUGACAAUGGGACAGCCCCUCAUCAUCUUAGCUCCCCAUGCAGUUGAAUCACUCAUUCGCCAGCCACCAAACCGUUGGCUAUCCAACUCUCGAAUGACUCAUUACCAGUCCCUCCUGCUAGAUACAGACAGGGUGCAAUUUGGCCCAGUAGUCACCCUGAACCCCGCCACACUGUUGCCUGCUCCUGAGGGGGAAACCCCACAUAACUGCCAACAAAUCCUUGUGGAAACACACGGAACCAGACCUGACCUGACAAAUCAACCCCUAAAAAGGGCUGACUUGACUUGGUAUACCGAUGGAAGCAGUUAUCUACUUAAUGGAGAAAGAAAAUCUGGAGCAGCAGUUGUGGACAGGAAACAGGUAAUUUGGGCCAGCGCCCUACCACCUGGAACUUCGGCUCAAUGAGCAGAACUCAUCGCGCUCACACAAGCCCUACAGCUGGCAGAAGGUAAGACACUCAGUGUCUAUACUGACAGUCGUUACGCUUUUGCCACCGCCCAUGUUCAUGGAGAAAUAUACCGCAGGCGGGGUCUUUUAACUUCAGAGGGAAAAGACAUUAAAAACAAGGCUGAAAUUUUGGCCCUGCUCAAAGCCCUGUUCCUCCCUAAGAAAUUGAGCAUUAUACAUUGUCCAGGGCACCAGAAAGGAGAGACUGAAAUAGCCAAGGGGAACUGCAUGGCUGAUGAAACAGCUAAACAGGCGGCCCUGGGCCCCCAACUCUUAUUAGCAACUUUAUUAACAGAUCAGGAGAAUCCAAAGAAAGACCUGGACUUCCUUGAUUACACAGAGAAAGAUUUAGACAUUGUUCAAAGAUUGGGGGCAGAUUAUGACCAUGAAAGGCAACGAUGGAUAUUUCAAGGAAAGACUGUAAUGCCUGUGCAUGUAGCUAAAGAACUUGUUUCCUACUUGCAUAAAUUGACUUACCUGAGUCCUAAGAAGAUGAAUAGGCUGCUUGGUAGACAGGAGAUGGGCAGCUAUAUACCUAAGAAAGAAACUUUGAUACAGCAAAUCACCAGCACCUGUAAAGCCUGUGCCCAGAUAAACGCUGGCAAAACGAACAGACCGCCUGGACUCAGACUCAGGGGACACCGCCCAGGAGUCCACUGGGAGAUAGACUUUACUGAAGUUAAACCCGGCAUGUAUGGUUACCGGUAUUUAUUAGUUUUUGUAGACACCUUUUCAGGAUGGGUCGAGGCUUUCCCUACAAGGAAGGAAACAGCACAGACAGUUGUCAAGAAACUUUUUGAAGAAAUUUUUCCCCGGUACGGGCUACCUAAGGUAAUCGGGACUGACAAUGGGCCUGCCUUCGUCUCCCAGGUAAGUCAGUUGGUGGCCAAGUUACUGGGGAUCGAUUGGAAAUUACAUUGUGCUUAUAGACCCCAGAGUUCAGGCCAGGUAGAAAGAAUGAAUAGAACAAUUAAGGAGGCUUUGGCAAAAUUAACGCUUGAAGCUGGCGCUAGGGACUGGGUUCAGCUCCUGCCCCUGGCAUUAUACCAGGCCAGGAAUACCCCAGGACCACAUGGAUUAACCCCUUUUGAGAUCCUGUAUGGAGGCCCUCCUCCAGCCAUAACUUUCUUUGAUUCUGAUAUCACUGACUAUGCCACCUCCCCCACCUUACAGGCCCACUUGCAGGCCCUGCAGUUGGUACAGCAAGAAAUCUGGAAGCCCCUGGCAGCUGCCUACCAGGACUCAGAUCGGGUUCCUGUCACCCCUCACCCCUUCAAGAUAGGUGACAGCGUUUGGGUCCGGAGACAUCAGACAAAAACUUUGGAACCACGGUGGAAAGGUCCAUACACUGUACUCCUCACGACCCCAACUGCUCUGAAGGUGGACGGAAUUGCUGCCUGGAUCCACGCAUCGCACAUCAAAGCAGCCCAGCCGGAGCACCUCAUUGACAAUCCGGAUCCAGGAUCACCAUGGAAGCUCCAGCGCACCCAAAACCCACUAAAGAUAAGACUUGUCAGGGCUUAA